AUGUCGAAAGAAACAGCGUCUAUGAGAGAAAUACAACACAACCGACAACUCAUUGUGCAAGCUCUAAAUAAGAACACAACAAACUUUUCAAACUAUUCUAAGAUAUCUGAGUCAUUGAAAGAAGGAAACUUAAAACUGACAUUAAACCCAAUGACAGAUGAGUUUCUGUUUCAAGACAAUAGGAACCAUACUGUCUGUAUAAAUCCAACAAAAGGAACUUUAAACGAGAAACCUAUAAAAGAACUUCUUUUGAAAGCAGAUGUUGACAACAAAGCUGACAAAGAGUAUGUCAUUGAAAAAGUUCAAGAAGAACAUGACAGAGCAGAUGCAACAUAUGCAACAAAAGCAGAUGUUGAAAAGAAAGCGGAUAAAACAUAUGUUAACGAUGAGUUAGCACGUGUGGCUAGUGCAUUAGAUAAGAAGGCAGAUAAGGAAUAUGUGGAUGAAAAAGAUGAAGAAAUUAAAGAAAGGGUUGAAUGGUACCAUGAACGGACAUCAAAGAUUUUAAAAUCUAAAGCCGAUACAGGAUGGGUUUCAGGGUGUUUAGACCUUAAAGCCGACAAAGAAACUGUAGAUAUGUUGGCACAAACGGUUUCAAGUCAUACCAGAGGUUUAAUGGAAGAUGGACAACAGUUGAAAGAGCUUGAGAAAGGUGUUACAGAGUUAAGGAAUAAAAAAGCAGACUCGACAUGGAUAGCUGGAUAUGUAGAUGCAACAAAAGAGUAUAUUUUCGCAUGGACAGAAGGAACAUACCCACAAAAACAUCAUACACAUAGCAUCUCUGACGUAAAUGAACUUCAAGAAAAGUUAGAUAAGAAAGCUGACAAAACAGAGCUUCAAACAUUAAAGACUGAAAUACUUCAAACAGUAUAUCCUAUAGGUUCUAUUUAUACGUCAAUGAACUCUACCAAACCAGAAGUAGUACUUGGUCUCGGAACUUGGACUCAAAUAGUCGACAGGUUUUUGUAUUGUGCAAACUCUUCAAAGGAAACAGGUGGAAGUAAAACGAUUUCAGGUGAAAACCUACCUGCACACAGUCACUACAUAAAUUUAACUACAGCUGAAGCAGGUUGGCAUAAGCAUAGAUAUUGGGAUUGGACAGGAAUGACAAAAGGUAAAGGAUAUGAUGUUAAAGACGACGUUAAGUUUGCUAUAAAUUGUUACUGGAGUAACACUGAGGGAGGAGGAAGCCAUACACAUCGCAUUACAGGAUAUGCAGAAACAACGGGACAAAGUAAAGACUACAUGCCACCUUACAUGACAGUUUACGCAUGGUAUAGAAUUGCUUAG